AUGACUGUAACGCUGAUGUUCCUGCAGCUCCAGGCGAAGGUGUGCUCGCUGACGGAGGCUCUGCAGGGAUUGGAGCAGAAGAAGAGGCAGCUGGAGGAGAGUCAGGACGCUCUGAUGGAGGAGGCGGCCAAGCUGCACGCUCAAGGUAAGAUGCAGCACGGGAAGGUGACGGAUAAAGAGAAGGAGCACAUGAGCCGCCUGCAGGACGCGGAGGAGAUGAAGAGGACUCUGGAGGAGCAGAUGGAGAACCAUAGAGAGGUUCAUCACAAACAGCUGAGCCGCCUGAGAGACGAGAUCGAGCUGAAGCACCGAGAGGGGGAGCGCCUCAAAGAUCUGACCCAGGCUCUGCAGCUGGAGGUCAGGAAGCUGCAGUCAGACUGCGACAAGCUGAAGGCUGAGGACCACAACAAGGAGCAGAAACUGCAGAAACUCAUGUUCCUGAACGAGAAGAGGGAACAAGCCAAAGAGGACCUGAAGGGUCUGGAGGACACGGUGGCCAGAGAGCUGCAAACUCUGAACCACCUUCGGAAAGUGUUCAUCGAGGACCUCGGGGCUCGAGUCAGGAGCAGCUCAGAGAGCGACAGCGACGAGGCUGGAGGCAGCCUGGCUCAGAGGCAGAGGAUCAUCUUCUUAGAGAACAACCUGGAGCAGCUCAGCAGGGUCCACAAGCAGCUGGUUCGAGAUAACGCUGAUCUUCGCUGCGAGCUGCCAAAGUUGGAGAAGCGUCUCCGGGCGACGGCAGAGAGGGUGAAAGCUCUGGAGGCGGCCCUCAGGGAGGCCAAGGGGGUCGCCAUGAGGGACCGCAAGCGCUACCAACAGGAAGUGGAUCGGAUCAAAGAGGUCGUCCUCUCCAAGAGCGUCUCCAGGAGAGUGCAGACCGCUCAGAUCGCUAAGCCAAUCAGAGCGGGCCAUCAUCACCAUCAUCCCACCUCCUCGGCCAUCAGACCCCCCAUCAGAGGGGGGGGGGGCGGCCAGUCCCCGCCAUCUGCCCCCCCGACAGUAGCAGCCCCAUCACAGCAAGUAGGACAGACGACUCUAUACAUUUCCUGAGGAUCUCUCUCACCACUCUGCCUUUACUGGAACCAGAUCUGUGUUAACACAACCACAGCUAAUCCACCUUAACAGCUAAUCCACUUUAACAGCUAAUCCACUUUAACAUCCAUUCCACCUUAACGGCUAAUCCACCUUAAAUCCACUUUAACAGCUAAUCCACUUUAUCAGCUAAUCCACCUUAACAUCCAUUCCACCUUAACAUCCAUUCCACCUGAACAACCAUUCCACCUUAACAGCCAUUCCACCUUAACAGUCAAUAAAUGCUAAUGUCCUCUUCGUCAGCUCAGAGUCCUGCAUCGGGUCGGUACCCGCGGGUACCCGACGGGUGACCCGCAAAAAAAGUGAUUUGCGGGUGGUAUUUUUUCAAACGCUUUUUUCCGGGUUCGGUUCUGGGUAAAACAAAGAUGACGGGUCGGGUCGGGUUGCGGAACUAAUUGGCAAUAUGUGCGGGUGGCGGGGCGGGUUCGGUAUUGCACGUCGCGGGUGCGGGGCGGGAGCGGGUCUUGACAAGCAGACCGGUGCAGGACUCUGCGUCAGCCGUCUGUCUGUCUGUCUGUCUCUUUGUGGAUAAGUGAGUUUAUAAUGAGAUGAAUAACAAUCUAAAUAUUGUGUUUAGUGGCUUCAAAGAGAUUCAAACCGAAUUCACUGAUACUGAGUUAAUGACAGGUAAACGCUCCUCUAUUCCUAAUUAUCCAGAAUCAAAAAGUCCACUAAAGUUUAUAAAUCAAAGUGGAUCAGGGAAGUUCUGAAUGAACGAUUCUUAAAAUAAAGCACAGUGAAAACUUAAUGGGCACAAUUUAGACUAUAUUUUAAUAUAUUCUGAGUAAAAACGGUCUUUUAAAAGUCAGAAUUGAUCUUUAGUAUCUCAGUAUCAGCUGGAGGUGAUGCGUCGCUUCAUGUUCAUUCAGACCUUUAAACAACCUGAGAGUCUAUGAAUCUAUAAGAUCAGUAUUAUUUAAACGUGUUUCAGUAACAGCUGUAUCAGUGUUUGAGUGUCUUAUAAAAGAUAACCCACCGUGGAAAUAACCAUGAGCCGUUAGGAAUAACAGAUGAUGAUCAAAUAAGUUGGUGUUUGACUAUAUAAGAUAAUAUCUGGAAUAAAUGACCAUCAUUGUGUCAUCCAAAUACAGUUAAACCAACAUUUUGUUAGUGAGCCUUAUUUAUAAUAAUAUCUUUUAAAUAUUUAGUCAUUUAAUAUAUUACAUUUUAAUAUUUCUUAUGUCGUUCUACCUCAUGAUUUUAUUAAACAGUAUUGUUAUUAUUCCUAACGUUGCAUAUCUUUAUUUUCCUGAAUGUUUUAUCGCACUGAUUUUAUUUAUUUAAAAAUAUCUAAUUUAUGAGUUAUUUUGUACUUUCUGAGACGGUGAUCCUGAGUGUCCGUCAUGUUUCUAACGUGUGACGCGUGUUUCUCCGUCUGUCAAUGUGUUAUAAAGUGAUUUCAGUGAAGUGCUUUUAUUUUGAAAGGGAGAACCACAGUAUGAUUAAACGGGGAACAAACUUAACAAAACCUUAAUGUUCAAAAGGACAAACGGUGAUCUGUCAUUGUUCUGAAAUAAAAUGUUAAAUGAAA